GGCGAGCCCGGACCCCGCGCGCCCCUCGCCGCGGCCGCCCGGACACCCCCAUGUGGGGCCCGCCGCCCGCGCGCCCGCACCAGGAUGAACGCGCAGCUGAGCAUGGAGGCGCUCGGCGAGCUGCACGGGGUGAGCCACGAGCCGGUGCCCGCGCCCGCUGACCUGCUGGGCGGCAGCCCCCACGCGCGGAGCUCCGCGGCGCACCGCGGCGCCCACCUGCCCCCCGCGCACCCGCGCUCCAUGGGCAUGGCCGCCCUGCUGGACGGCGGCGCCGGCGCGGGCGACUACCACCACCACCACCGCGCGCCCGAGCACAGCCUGGCCGGGCCCCUGCACCCCACCAUGACCAUGGCCUGCGAGACCCCGCCGGGGAUGAGCAUGCCCACCACCUACACCACCCUGACGCCCCUGCAGCCGCUGCCGCCCAUCUCCACCGUGUCGGACAAGUUCCCGCACCACCACCAUCACCACCACCACCACCACCACCCGCACCACCACCAGCGCCUGGCGGGCAACGUGAGCGGCAGCUUCACGCUCAUGCGGGACGAGCGCGGACUGGCGUCCAUGAAUAACCUCUAUACCCCCUACCACAAGGACGUGGCCGGCAUGGGCCAGAGCCUCUCGCCCCUGUCCGGCUCCGGGCUGGGGGGCAUCCACAACUCCCAGCAAGGGCUCCCCCACUAUGCCCACCCCGGCGCCGCCAUGCCCGCCGACAAGAUGCUCACCCCCAAUGGCUUCGAAGCCCACCACCCGGCCAUGCUCGGCCGGCACGGGGAGCAGCACCUCACGCCCACGUCGGCCGGCAUGGUGCCCAUCAACGGCCUUCCCCCGCACCACCCCCACGCGCACCUGAACGCCCAGGGCCACGGGCAACUUCUGGGGACGGCCAGGGAACCCAACCCUUCGGUGACGGGCGCGCAGGUUAGCAAUGGAAGUAAUUCAGGGCAGAUGGAAGAGAUCAAUACCAAAGAGGUGGCGCAGCGUAUCACCACCGAGCUCAAGCGCUACAGCAUCCCACAGGCCAUCUUCGCGCAGAGGGUGCUCUGCCGCUCCCAAGGGACCCUGUCGGACCUACUGCGUAACCCCAAACCCUGGAGCAAACUCAAGUCCGGCCGGGAGACCUUCCGGAGGAUGUGGAAGUGGCUGCAGGAGCCGGAGUUCCAGCGCAUGUCUGCGCUCCGCCUAGCAGCGUGCAAAAGGAAAGAGCAAGAACAUGGGAAGGAUAGAGGCAACACCCCCAAAAAGCCCAGGUUGGUGUUCACAGAUGUCCAGCGUCGAACUCUCCAUGCAAUAUUCAAGGAAAAUAAGCGUCCAUCCAAAGAAUUGCAAAUCACCAUCUCCCAGCAGCUGGGGUUGGAGCUGAGCACCGUCAGCAACUUCUUCAUGAAUGCGAGGAGGAGGAGUCUGGACAAAUGGCAGGACGAGGGCAGCUCCAAUUCAGGCAACUCAUCUUCUUCAUCAAGCACUUGUACCAAAGCAUGAAGGAAUAACCACGAACUAAAACCUCGGUGGAAAAGCUUUAAAUAAAAAAUUUUUAAAGACCAGGACCUCAAGAUAGCAGGUUUAUACUUAGAAAUAUUUGAAGAAAAAAAAAGUGUUAUUUAUAGUCCAAAGAAACCAAAGACUUAGCUCACCUGCAUUCUGACUUUGUUCGGAGACACACACUUCAGCGGGGCGACAACUUGGCAAGAAAAUUUAUGAGUGGGAAAACACCACUGGAUCUCACACCAUCAAUCCAUGAUCAUUCUCGCUGUGCUUGGCUGUUUACUGGUUUGAAGCAUAGUGAUUUGAGUGGACAUCUUUAAACUUGGACUUUCUCGUCUGUUCCACUGCACCGAGAAGGUGUACAGUGUCUCAGUACU